AGUGGCUCUUGGCAAUGAUGGCGCGAGGAGCGAAGGGAUGGGCGGGGCCUCUGCUGCUGAUGGCGGCAGGUGUCGCAUGCCUGUACGUGGGAACCAGCAUGUAUCGGUCGAGGGUGCAGAGAGCUGCUCUCUUCUAUGCUGAAGUCGAACGCCCUAGGGGGAUGUUGGUGGAGGAGUUGACGAGACCGACUUUGCUGGUUAGAAAUUUCGCACUGGAACCCUUCAUGGCGGCAGCUGCUACUUCAAGUUCUUCGUCUCCUCCUGCCGCGGCAGGCAAGGCGCCUUCAUCCUCCGGCUCCCCCGCGCAGGCAUCAUCAUCUCAGCCGGCCAGCACAGGAGUGUUCCCUCCAGACGGUAAUGCGGAUCAGGACCAGAAGCAGGCCGCGAGCAAGAACGAGAGCAAGGCUGAGGAGGAGGGUGUGUUCCCUCCCGGCGUCGACGACGAUGAGGGCAAAAGUGACAAGGACAAGCAAGCUGAUGCAAGCAAGGGCCAAACCUCUGGUCCUGUCCUGCCGCCCUCGCAGAAGCUGCUGCAAGCGUGCGGGGCCAGGGCGUGUGCUGCGGGAAGAGGAUGCGACAACAGGAAGUUCUUCAGCUGCCUGCGAGUCCGGCAGUCUCAGCUGCGGCGGAUCAUCUGGUUAAAGAAGCGUGCUCUCCGCGCCUCUGCCGUGGGUGCUCGGCUGCCCCACAUGCUCACCUCCUCCGAGGGUAUCCUGGGCUCGCUGCCUGUGAUUGAUGAGAGCAACGGAGGACCCUUGGCUGACCUUCCCGACGCUCCUCUGAACCCCAUGGAGAACCUUCCAGCUGAGAACUAUCCGGCCUCCGGCAUGCUCGGCAGCUAUCCGGUGGUAGAAGCUUCGUCAGGACCACUAGGUGCCUAUCCCGUGGUGGAAGUGAGCGGAGGACCUCUCUCCACUCUCCCUGCAGACAACUCAGCAGAAACCUGUGGCGCUGCCUCUUGCAACGAGGACGGGUGUGCGGACGAGGCCUUCUAUGCAUGCAUGCACCAGCUGUAUGCUCGUCGGUACGGGAUGGCACAAGCUGUUCGUCGUGUCUAGAGGCAUGUAGAUGUAGAAAGCGCGGUUCUUCGCUGUGAAGAAACUUGCAACAUGUACAUCGUGCCUGCUCUCUC